AUGGCUGGCUCCGACGCAAGCUACAAGAAACUCAAAGAAGACUUUGUAUCCAAUCUUUCAGGUGGUCCGGCCGGCGAGGUCAACUACGUAAUUGGUGUUGCGCCCGUCGCCUGCCUCCUCUGGGCCGUCCUCCAGACCCGCCAGUCCUUCUUCAAAUCCGACACACCCCUGACCUUCCUCGUCGACUACCUCCUCAACGUCGGCGUCCUCCUCCUCUCUAUAACCCUCUACGCCAACACGCCCUUCCUCCUCUGGGCUCUCCUCCUGGGCCCUGCUCUCCUCAUCUACCUUCUCCCUCGAUCGCAGCCGCGCCGAAAACCCCUGGUCCCCUCCCAGAAUGCCGUCAAACCGGUCCCGGCCUCCCGCCCCGCGGAUGCGGCGUCCGGCCCCCUCUCCGUACUCUCCGUCAAGCCCUUCCUGACCAACUACCGCGGCGGCAUGCUCAUCGUCACCUGCCUCGCCAUCCUUGCCGUCGACUUCCGGCUCUUCCCCCGCCGCUUCGCCAAGGUCGAGACCUGGGGCACCUCGCUCAUGGACAUGGGCGUCGGCGCGUUUGUCUUCUCCGCCGGCGUCGUCGCCGCUCGCCCCGUCCUCAAGGAGCGCGCCGCCGGCCGUUCGACCCCGCUGGCCGCCCGCCUGCUGACCUCGAUGCGCCACUCGCUGCCCCUCCUCGCGCUCGGCUUCAUCCGCCUCCUCAGCGUCAAGGGCCUCGACUACGCCGAGCACGUGUCCGAGUACGGCGUCCACUGGAACUUCUUCUUCACCCUCGGCUUCCUGCCGCCCUUUGUCGCCCUCUUCCAGUCCGCCUUGCGCGUCGUCCCCAGCUACGCCGCCCUCGCCCUGCUCCUCGCCGUCCUCUACCAGGUCGUCCUCGAGAGCACGCCGCUCAAGGCCUACAUCCUGACGGCGCCGCGCGACGGCCUCCUCUCCGCCAACCGCGAGGGCGUCUUCUCCUUCGUCGGCUACCUCGCCAUCUUCCUCACCGGCCAGGACACGGGCAUGUACAUCCUGCCCCGCACCAUCAACCCCCGCAGCACCUCCGACCCCGCCACCCAGCGCACCACCCUCCUCCUGACCAUGGCCGUCUGGACCGCCGUCUGGACCGCCCUCUACUUCCUCGCGACGAGCUACACCUGGGGCGACGGCCUCGACGUCUCCCGCCGCCUCGCCAACCUGCCCUACGUCCUGUGGGUCGCCGCCUUCAACUCGGGCCAGAUCCUCUUCUACUGCCUCGUCGACACGCUCUUCUUCCCGGCCUUCUACCACGCCACCGACGCAAAGACGGAGCGCGACGCCUACCUCGCCGCCACGAGCCGCGUCAUCAGGGCCUACAACCGCAACGGCCUCGCCCUGUUCCUGUUGGCCAACCUGCUGACGGGGCUCGUCAACAUGACCGUUCCCACGCUGCACGUCGGCCCCGUGGCGACCAUGGCCAUCCUCAUCGCGUACAGCGGGACCCUGACGGCCGUGGGCGUCGCGUUGGAUAGCUAUGACGUGUCCAUAAAAUUGUAG